GUUGAUGAUGCUACCCCAUACCUCCAUCCCCUCUCCCCCCCCCCUUUUUUUUUUUGAAAUACGGACCCCCCAAAAAAGCUGAAAGUGUUUCCCGUUUCAUCAAAGAGCAUACAUUACUUCAGUGGCUCGGUAAAAUGUUUGGUUUUGUGCCCACCCCCUUUUCAAUCUGCCCAUGUCUGAGGUGCUCCGGGAAGACGCACAAUCGUGAGCAGCUUACGACACUCAGUGAGCAGUAGGUGCCUGUGCAAGCUCGCGCCGCACACAGCCUGGCGGAGGGAAGGAGCUCGGGCGCCGCUCCCCGCUCCCCGCCCGCACCACCCCGCCGCCCGCAAAGCAUGAGCGAGCCCGCUCUCCGCAGCCGCCCCGGGCGCGAAUGGCAGGCGGUCUCCGCGGAGUAAAAGGUGGCACCGGUCAGUGGUCCUUUCCAAUGACGGACAUUAACCAGGCUACCAAAUCCAGGGGAGUCGUGAGCCCCGAGUUUGGAGGUUUUUUUUUUUUUUUUUUUUUUUUUUUUUCCCCCACAACGUCACAGUCCGAACUGCAGAGGGAAAGGACAGCGGCAGGAAGGCGAAGCCCGGCGCCGGCACGUAGUUGGGAAACUUGCGGGUCCUAGAAGUCGCCUCCCCGCCUCGCCAGCCGCCCUUGCAGCCCAGAGCCGAGCAGCAAAGUGAGACAUUGUGCGCCUGCCAGAUCCGCCGGCCGCGGACCGGGGCUGCCUCGGAAACACAGAGGGGUCUUCUCUCGCCCUGCAUAUAAUUAGCCUGCACACAAAGGGAGCAGCUGAAUGGAGGUUGUCACUCUCUGGAAAAGGGUGGGUAAGACACUUUUUAAUUAAAUUCUUUCCCGAAGAUUUUUUUUUUUCCUCCCUUUUCUUUGCUGCAGCAUCUAACAUGGACCAAAUCACCGUCUCUUUGAUCUUUCCGUGGCUGUGAACUUUCUAUGCUGCCCAGCUUUCUGCAUGCUUAGAGAUUUCUGACCGAGCGCUUCCAAUGGACAUUCUCCAGCCUCUCUGGAAAGAUUCUCGCUAAUGGAUUUCCUGCUGCUCGGUCUCUGUCUAUACUGGCUGCUGAGGAGGCCCUCGGGGGUGGUCUUGUGUCUGCUGGGGGCCUGCUUUCAGAUGCUGCCCGCCGCCCCCAGCGGGUGCCCGCAGCUGUGCCGGUGCGAGGGGCGGCUGCUGUACUGCGAGGCGCUCAACCUCACCGAGGCGCCCCACAACCUGUCCGGCCUGCUGGGCUUGUCCCUGCGCUACAACAGCCUCUCGGAGCUGCGCGCCGGCCAGUUCACGGGGUUAAUGCAGCUCACGUGGCUCUAUCUGGAUCACAAUCACAUCUGCUCGGUGCAGGGGGACGCCUUUCAGAAACUGCGCCGAGUUAAGGAACUCACACUGAGUUCCAACCAGAUCACCCAACUGGCCAACACCACCUUCCGGCCCAUGCCCAACCUGCGCAGCGUGGACCUCUCGUACAACAAGCUGCAGGCUCUGGCGCCCGACCUCUUCCACGGGCUGCGGAAGCUCACCACGCUUCACAUGCGGUCCAACGCUAUCCAGUUCGUGCCGGUGCGCAUCUUCCAGGACUGCCGCAGCCUCAAGUUUCUUGACAUCGGAUACAAUCAGCUCAAGAGUCUGGCGCGCAACUCUUUCGCCGGCUUGUUCAAGCUCACCGAGCUGCACCUGGAGCACAACGACUUGGUCAAGGUGAACUUCGCCCACUUCCCGCGCCUCAUCUCCUUGCAUUCCCUCUGCCUGAAGAGGAACAAGGUGGCCAUUGUGGUUAGCUCGCUGGACUGGGUUUGGAACCUGGAGAAGAUGGACCUGUCGGGCAACGAGAUCGAGUACAUGGAGCCCCAUGUGUUCGAGACCGUGCCGCACCUGCAGUCUCUGCAGCUGGACUCCAACCGCCUCACCUACGUCGAGCCCCGGAUCCUCAACUCCUGGAAAUCGCUGACGAGCAUCACCCUGGCCGGGAACCUGUGGGACUGCGGGCGCAACGUGUGCGCCCUGGCCUCGUGGCUCAGCAGCUUCCAGGGGCGCUACGAUGGCAACUUGCAGUGCGCCAGCCCCGAGUACGCGCAGGGCGAGGACGUCCUAGACGCCGUGUACGCCUUCCACCUGUGCGAGGAUGGGGCCGACCCCACGAGCGGCCACCUGCUCUCGGCCGUCACCAACCACAGUGACCUCGGGCUCCCGGGCAGCCCGGCCACCACGCUCGCUGACGGUAGGGAGGGGCAGCUCGACGGCACGCACGAGCCGGCUACUGUGGCUCUCCCAGGCGGCGAGCAUGCCGAGAACGCCGUGCAGAUCCACAAGGUGGUCACAGGCACCAUGGCCCUCAUCUUCUCUUUCCUCAUCGUGGUCCUGGUGCUCUAUGUCUCCUGGAAGUGUUUCCCAGCUAGCCUCAGGCAGCUCAGACAGUGCUUUGUCACGCAGCGCAGGAAGCAAAAGCAGAAACAGACCAUGCAUCAGAUGGCUGCCAUGUCUGCCCAGGAAUACUACGUUGAUUACAAACCGAACCACAUUGAGGGAGCCCUGGUGAUCAUCAAUGAGUACGGAUCCUGUACCUGCCACCAGCAGCCCGCAAGGGAAUGCGAGGUGUGAUUUUCCCAGUGGCUCUCAACCCGUGCGCUACCAAAUACGCCUGGGCGGCCGGGGCGGCCGGCCAGCGCCAGGCUGGGGUCUCCUUGUCUGUGCUCUGAUAUGCUCCUUGACUGAAACUGUAAGGGGAUAUCUCCCAGAGACUUGACAUUUUAGCUUUAUUGUGUCUUAAAAACAAAAACGAAAUAAAACACAACAAAAACCCUGCCCCACAACCUUCAGGACAGUCAAUCUUAAAUUUCAUAUGAGAACUCCUUCCUUCCUUUGAAGAUCUGUCCAUAUUCAGGAAUCUGAGUGUAAAAAAGGUACCAAUCAUUGAUUUUUUUUUUUUUUGUAAACUAAAAUGUUUAAAAUAAAAUAGCAUUUACAGUUUUUA